AAUACUUGGAUCUUUGAUCCAGGUCUGUCUUUUUCUCCAUAGUUCUUGUUUUUAUUAUAUAUAUAUAAAAAAAUAUGGCCAAAUUAUUGGGAUUUGAUAAAUUUCAAACAUUAAUGCGUACAAUUCGUAUGCAAGGAGGUCUUUUAUCAUCUAUUCGUACAUUGUUUAGGAUUGAUGAUUUACCAAUUGGAGACUUAAUUGGCGAAGACAAAUACGGAAAUAAAUACUAUGAAAACAACGCAUAUUUCUAUGGCCGUAACCGAUGGGUCGUGUACUCUGAGAAAGUGGGACUAAAUUACGAUGGCUCUCAAGUACCGGCAGAAUGGUUUGGAUGGCUACAUUAUAAAACUGAUUUACCACCUCAUUUGGACCCUUCACGACCAAAGUAUCCAUGGAUGGUUGAUCACACUCCUAACUUGUCUGGAACGAGUAAACAGUAUAUGCCAUACAGUACAACUCCCCCAAAAAUUGAAGCCUGGAAACCACCAAAUUAAUUUAUUGUGCAAAUACAAAUAAAAGCCGUAGUUAUAUUUAUUAACAUUAUCUUAUUAUUGUAAUUUAUGUAAAUGAUUGUAAAUAUGAUGUUUCAUUAAUCUA